GUAACUCUAAACAGGGUCUUCGGUGUAGAACCUGUAAGAUGGGUGCUCACCUGUGGUGCACCUCAGAAUUGUCCCAGCAGCCCUGCAAUGGAAAGUCUGGGGUCGGGGUGUUCAAGCGGAACUUCAGCACUCCCAUGCUGGUAAACGAACAACUGACUGUCGUCAAGGAGGUGCAGCCCACCCAAGGGGCAGGCCGGGGUCGUGGGGUGGACCCUAUUUACGCAGCCCUGCGCUAUGGGACGUCCCUGGCACAGAUGAGCCGCUCCAGUUUUGGGAGCGUGUCCGAGUCGCCCACGCACAGCCAGGGUGAAGGAGGAGAGGAGGGGGAGCAGAGGCAGUACAGCAUGGAGGAGGAGAUGCCACAGGAGACAGGGGAUCUGCCUCCGUGUGAAAACGAGAAGGCUGAACCAGAGAGUGAGGGCAGCGAGCAGCUCCAGGAGCCUGUAGAGGAAACAAGCGAGAAGGUUCCCAGGCGUAUUGAGGUUCACUCCAUCCACACGUAUGUAGCGCUCUUCAAGUUCCUGCCUCAGGAGCACAACGACCUCGGACUAGAGCCUGGUGAUCGGGUGCUGGUCACUGAUGAUUCUAAUGAAGAGUGGUGGAAGGGAAAGAGUGGAGACAAGGUGGGCUUCUUCCCUGCUAACUUUGUUCAGAGGGUGCGCCCAGGGGAGAGGGUGUGGAGGGUCACCCAGCCUGUCCCUGCCAGCCGAGGGAUGGGACACAUGCCAGUGAAGGAGGAUCAGAUCUGUGUGGGGAAGAGUGAGGACGGUGAGGGUUUCCUGAAGCUGAGCAGUGGGAAGAAGAGAGGACUGGUCCCUGCUAAAUCCAUUGAGGAGAUCUAACCUCUGUCUCAACACCAGCCCCC